AUGGAGCCCUUAUGUGAGUUCUGUGCUUUGGUGAGGGCAGUGGUUUAUUGCAGGUCGGAUCACACUCGGCUUUGCUUAGGGUGUGACAAUUGCGUGCACUCUGCCAAUCCUUUAUCACGCAGGCACCAAAGGUCUCUCUUGUGUGACAAGUGCAAUGAGCAGCCAGCGAUAAUCUGGUGCGUCGACGAGAAAAUGACCGUGUGCCAAAACUGUGAUUGGAGCUGCACUACUUGUGCUGGCAGGCACAAGAGACAAGUGAUGCUGUUUUACGACGGUUGUCCUUCUUCGGCCGAGCUUUCUGAUCUUUUAAUCUCCUCGAUUCUCGACGAGCCUCCUUGUCCGAGUACUGGUUUUGGUGAUGGAUGGCCUCGAGGUGAAAAAAACUGUGCCAUUGGUGAUAGGAAGGAUGGAAUUGUUGGGUCGUAUGAGAUGGCGACUUCCAAGUUGAAUACUGAUACGGAGUCUCGUUUGAAGCUCGAGCCUUGGGAAGGUACAUCUUCUGUCGUUCAGCUUGAUGGGAAUUGCGUAAAUCAAACACCUUUAUCUGUUGAGGAGUCAGUUCUAUACAAGGGUUUUCCUAAGUUUGAGGAUCUUAGAAUUCAUGAUGGCAAUGAACUAUGCAAAACCCUCAAAAUGAACGACAUUUCAAUGAACUGUGGAAAUGGUAAUGAGAUAUGUAGCUGCUCAUCACAGGAUCCUUCCAGAUACCAGUAUGAGGAUGGGGGAAUUGAUCAAGGCUUAUUAAUGGAGAAAAACUUUGCCCCUACUGAAAAUGCUUUAGAGGCCUCAUCAUCAAGACAGCAAGAUUGCAUGGCUUUACAAGCCUCUCAUGUUGGUGGAUCAUGUAGUGCAAUAAAAGGAGUGAAUGGCAGUUCCAGUUGCUUACUCAUGAAUCCAAAUAGCAGUAGAAACGUUAAUCUGGGAUUUGCUCCUGGCCAACUUCAUUCAAGCAUGUCCUUCACACUCUCUAACAUCACGGGCGAAAGUAGUGCUGCUGCUGAUCGUCAAGAUUGUCUGAUGUCCACACCAGUUUUUCUUGGAGGAGAAUCUUGGGACUCAUCCUUGGACGCUAGCUGCCCUCAAGCUAGAGACAAAGCCAAGAUGAGAUACAAGGAGAAGAAGAAAACUCGAACGUUUGGAAAACAAAUAAGAUACGCCUCACGCAAAGCUAGAGCCGAUACCAGAAAACGAGUAAAAGGCAGAUUUGUGAAAGCUGGCGAAGAAUAUGAUUAUGAUCCUCAGGUGACAGGGGACCUCUGA